UCUCCACUCCUUUCCUUUUGUUAAACCCUCUCUCUCUCUCUCUCUCUCACAUCUCCGCCUCCUAUUUAUGCCCCCUUUUAGCCCUCUUGCCGGCGCUGUAAAUCCCUAGAAAUUCAGAGAAAAAAUCUUCAAAACAAAAAAAAUCGUCGAAAAGACUGCGGUGUGGUUUGGAGGAGGGAGGAUCGCGACUCGAUCAUCUGUUGAUGUUGUGAAAUUUUGUAGAAUUCGAUCCGUCGUUUAGGAUGAUUGGCUGCUAUAAUAUUGUUGUGAAGGUGGGGAUUCUUCUUGGAGCUGCGAGCUUUUAGGACAACCUAUUUAGUAGCUGCUGCUGGAUUAAAUUUCUAUUCUUGAAAUGGAUCGGUGUGAUACCUCGGGAUUUGUGAGCGGGGGUGGAGAUGCAUACAAGGAUUUUUAACUCUUAGAGCUGUGGCUUGUUCUUUGAAUUCGGAAGUCAGGUUGGCUGUUCGUUUGUGUUGUAGAUUUGGUGUUCCAAACACAUUUUCCUUUUGGUUGUGGCCAUGCAUGCCAGAUUCCAGAACGUUGAUUUUGCUGGUAAUAAUUCUUCAAACUCAUUCAAGAUCUUGGGACGCUCGCUGCAAGCUGGAGCAGAAAAGGCAGAGUGCGGGGCAGAUACUAUUCUGCGACUUGAUUCUUUUGCCUCUCCUAUGUCUUAUGCAUCUGGCAAGGGAGUCAAAAGGAAAUGGACUCUGAUGGAUGGAUCUAUGGGUCUGGAAGUUGAUCCAUCACUGUCUCUCAGGCUUGGUCACUCGUCAAGCUCUUCCGAUAGCAAGGGUGGAAGUUCUGCAACUGCUUGUACAGCUAUAUCCUCUGCCAAAGAAACUGAAGAUGAGUCCUCAAUGGAUAUUGAAUUGGAUUUUAGCCUCCAUCUUGGCAAUGAGAAAACAGCCAAUACCAACAAGCCGGCUAAGUCAAAUGUGAAAGGGUUGCAAUUGCUCCCAAGAGUUGAUCUUGAGUUGAGCCUCUCUUUUGUUGGAUCCUGUGAAUCUGUUGUAACUUCUACUCAUCAGCCAGUGAGUCAUUUCCAUAUGUCUGGAAGCUUUCUCCCUACAAUGGAUGAAGGACCCACAUCAUUUGAUCAGACAACAGGGGCUGUGUUACCUACCUUGCAGACCUCAACUGGAGAAGCAAAUUCCUUUUUCACUCACGUCCAGAAGAACAACAAUCCUGCUAACGUUCUGGACAUGUCAUCUGGCUUGGCAGCAACACCAAAAAGCUCAGUUACCUGUACUUCCGAGAUAGCACCGCAACAGAAGCCACAGCAUAGGGGUUCUAGUUCCAAGUUAUGUCAAGUUGAAGGAUGUCAAAAGGGAGCCAGAGGUGCAUCUGGUCGCUGCAUUUCCCAUGGUGGCGGACGCAGGUGCCAAAAGCCCGGUUGCCACAAGGGAGCCGAAGGCCGAACCGUGUACUGCAAGGCCCAUGGAGGUGGCCGCCGGUGUGAAUUCCUUGGGUGCACAAAGAGUGCAGAGGGCCGUACCGAUUUCUGUAUAGCACAUGGAGGUGGCCGAAGAUGCAACCAUGAGGGUUGUUCACGGGCUGCCCGGGGAAAAUCUGGACUAUGCAUCAGGCAUGGUGGAGGAAAGAGAUGUCAAAGAGAAAACUGCACUAAGAGUGCCGAAGGCCUUUCAGGACUUUGCAUCUCUCAUGGGGGUGGUCGACGUUGCCAGUUUAUUGAAUGCACCAAGGGGGCACAAGGGAGCACAAUGUUCUGCAAGGCACAUGGUGGUGGAAAACGGUGCACAUACCCAGGUUGCUCCAAGGGUGCUGAAGGCAGCACGCCCUUCUGCAAAGGACAUGGAGGAGGAAAAAGGUGUGCUUUCCAAGGAGGAGAUGGUGUCUGCUCUAAGAGUGUCCAUGGAGGGACAAACUUCUGUGUGGCACAUGGCGGUGGUAAGAGAUGUGCUGUGCCUGGAUGCACAAAGAGUGCAAGGGGAAGGACUGAUUUCUGUGUCCGACAUGGUGGAGGGAAGAGAUGCAAGUUUGAAGGAUGUGGCAAAAGUGCCCAAGGCAGUACCGACUUUUGCAAGGCACAUGGAGGAGGCAAAAGGUGUGCAUGGGGGCAUCCCGGGACUGAGUAUGCCAACCAGUCCUCUGGUCCUUGUUGCUCCUUUGCUCGAGGUAAGACUGGUCUUUGUGCACUCCAUAGCAGUCUGGUGGAUGAUAAGCGGGUCCAUGGAGGCAUUAGUUUAAGUUCCGUGAUUCAAGACCCGAAGCUCAGUGAAACUGAGACCACUGAGGAAUUUUCUGUUUCUCAAGACAUGAAUAUUGAUGUUCUGAAAAUGGGGACAGCUGUCAGAUCUCCAGGGUGCAAGCCUUGUAUCAAUAUUCUCGGGGAUUAUGAAGCUCUCCCUGAUGCUGGUAAAGCGGGGAGUUCAUCGACAUCAGCGGCUGUUCCAGAAGGUAGAGUCCAUGGUGGAAGCUUGAUGGCAAUGUUGGCAAGUGGCUCUUCCUUCGGUUCAGGCAGUAGCUUUAAGUCUUUUCACCUGUGAUCCAUCUGAACCUGGCAGCGCCCUGGUGGUGCCUCAGAGGUGGAUGUAAGUUCUCAUGUAUUUGCUAAGCCGGUGUGCUCUGUUUUCAUGUCUUCUUAUAUGCCUGCAUUGUAUUCUCACACAUGAAGGGACGUUCCUCUCUCAUGUGGUGAGCCGUCACGUUAUGUUGUAAUGACCAGGUGGGAAUUUGGAAAGUCAGUUAGGGGUCAGUCUAGUUAGGUCGGGUCAGGUCGGGUCGGGUCAAGUCGAAUGAGGUCGGGUCUUGUCUUUUGCCUUAUUUCCUGUACAUAUUUAUAUUCAGCAGGUCUAAUGUGAUUUGUGAAUAGAGGUUGCCCACCUGUGUCGGUUGGUUUGUCAAACAUUCUGAUAAUAAUAAGCCUCUAUUGCAAUGUUA